CGGUUGCUUUCAAUUCAGCACUCGUGUUUCUUUGGUGCGGAAGUGAAGUUUUUGGUGUUUGGACGAAAGUUUAACGUAUAAACAGCCGUUGUUAUAACUAUUGAGUGGUGUAAACAUUAUACAAUACAGGUUAUGGUGUGUUUGCAUCAGAUCGCAUCAAAAUAUUGAGAAUACAAUCUCAUUUGGAUUUCUACGGCAUUUAUCGAUGAAAGAACAUACAAUGUCUAGUAGCAGUUCUGAAAGUAGCGAUGGAAGUCGUCAUGAGAAGUCACGGAAGAGAUAUAAACACAGACGCGACGAGAGCCCUAACGAAGAGCGACGUUCAGGAAGAAAGGAAUUCAAUAGCAAGAGUAAAAAUUAUAGAAAUGGCAGAGAAGGUAGGGACGUUCAUAAAUUUAGCAGAGAAGUAAGAAGAGACAAUAAUGAUAUGCAUCGUGAUAGAUCGCAACGUGAACGGGAUAGAGAAUAUAGGGAUAGUCGACAUGAACAUCCAAGGAGAGACGAUGACAGGCAAAAUGGUAAAAGAAGGUACGAAAGAUCACCUAUGAGGAGAGACGAAUCUCGUAUGAGACACAGAGACUUUGAUGAAAAGGUCAGAAAGUAUAGAGAUACGAAUGAGUAUAACAAAAGACACGAUGAGUCGAAUAGGGAGAGAAAAAGUAAUUUUGAAGAGAGAGAGGUGAAAAUAAAGAAGGAACCUUCGCCCGAAUGGGGUAAAUCUACAGUGAAAACAGAAUCUAAGCCAAAGCCACAAGAAAAGGAUAAACCAAAUUUUGAACUGUCUGGUAAAUUAACCGAGGAUAUAAAUACUGUGAAUGGGGUAGUAAUUAAAUAUUCUGAACCAGCAGAUGCGAGAAAACCUAAACGUCGUUGGAGACUAUAUCCCUUUAAAGGGGAAAAGGCAUUACCCACAUUAUAUGUUCACAGACAAUCGGCAUAUUUGAUGGGUAGAGAUCGUAAAAUUGCAGAUAUUCCUCUUGAUCAUCCUUCGUGUUCAAAGCAACAUGCAGUGUUACAAUAUCGUCUAGUAUCUUUCCAAAAAGAGGGAGGUGGUGAAGGAAGAAGAAUUCGCCCAUAUCUCAUAGAUUUAGAAUCUGCUAAUGGUACAUUUGUAAAUAAUGUAAAAUUAGAACCAAGACGAUACCAUGAACUAUUAGAAAGAGAUGUGUUGCGUUUUGGAUUUAGUUCAAGAGAAUAUGUCUUAUUACAUGAACAUAGUAAGGACGAUUCUUUAGAUGAUGAUGUUCCCCUUAGUACGGCUGUUACAUCUGCUAAUAAUACUACAAACACUACAACAUAGGUAACAUUCCUUAUACUUACGAAUAU